GCUGCGGGGCAGGGAGGGAGGGGGCUCCAGUGCAGCGUGAGGAUUUGAAUGAGAAAGCAGGUUGUGGCCGUGGCGCUCGCUCUUCCCCAUCCUCCCCGGUCCUGCUGGCCGGCGUGGAGAAGCGCCCUUUUGGGGGCCUUUCCUGGCCUGCGGCAGGUCUGGAGUUGGAGUCGGACGGGCGGGUAACUCAUCGCCCCGAGACGGGGAGGUUGCGCCUGUGCCUGGGACUCCAGGAGCCCUUCCUCUGCACAGCACGCACAGCGGCGAGGGGCAAUUUGGUUUUGGUGCUGUGCCAGCAGUCUUGCGACAAUGAGCUACUGGAACUCGGAGAGAAGGAGCUGUGUGCAGUACCGCAGGCACUUUCUGGUGGACAACAGUGUGUUUCAUGUUGAAAGAUGCAUGAGUGUCAUGCAGUCCGGGACGCAGAUGAUCAAACUGAAGCGAGGGACCAAAGGGCUCGUGCGGCUCUUUUACCUGGAUGAGCACCGGACCCGCCUCCGGUGGCGACCCUCUAGGAAGAGUGAGAAGGCAAAAAUACUUAUCGAUUCCAUUUACAAAGUCACCGAGGGCCGCCAGUCUGAGAUAUUCCACAGGCAGGCAGAGGGGAGCUUCGAUCCCAGCUGCUGCUUCACCAUCUACCAUGGCAACCACAUGGAGUCACUGGACCUGGUCACCUCCAACCCCGAGGAGGCCCGCACCUGGAUCACGGGCCUCAAGUAUCUGAUGGCCGGCAUCAGCGACGAGGAUUCCCUGGCCAAGAGGCAGAGGACCCACGACCAGUGGGUGAAGCAGACCUUCGAGGAGGCGGAUAAGAAUGGCGACGGGCUGCUGAACAUCGAGGAGAUACACCAGCUGAUGCACAAGCUCAACGUCAACCUGCCCCGGAGGAAGGUCAGGCAGAUGUUUCAGGAAGCCGACACGGACGAGAACCAGGGAACGCUGACGUUCGAGGAGUUCUGCGUUUUUUACAGAAUGAUGUCGUUGAGACGAGACCUGUAUUUGUUGCUCUUGAGCCACAGUGACAAGAAAGACCACCUGACCGUGGAAGAACUGGCCCAGUUUUUGAAGGUGGAGCAAAAGAUGAACAACGUGACAACAGACUACUGUCUUGACAUCAUAAAGAAGUUUGAAGUUUCAGAAGAAAAUAAGGCGAAAAAUGUUCUCGGCAUAGAAGGCUUCACCAACUUCAUGCGCAGCCCUGCUUGUGACGUGUUCAACCCCCUGCACCAUGAGGUGUACCAGGACAUGGACCAGCCGCUCUGCAACUACUACAUUGCCUCUUCCCACAACACCUACCUGACCGGCGACCAGCUGCUGUCCCAGUCCAAGGUGGACAUGUAUGCACGGGUGCUGCAGGAGGGCUGCCGCUGCGUGGAGGUGGACUGCUGGGACGGCCCGGAUGGAGAGCCGGUGGUGCAUCACGGCUACACUCUGACUUCCAAGAUCCUCUUCCGGGACGUCGUGGAGACCAUCAACAAGCACGCCUUCGUGAAGAACGAGUUCCCGGUCAUCUUGUCCAUUGAGAACCACUGCAGCAUCCAGCAGCAGAGGAAGAUCGCUCAGUACCUGAAGGGGAUCUUCCAGGACAGGCUGGACCUGUCGUCCAUAGACCCUGGAGAGGGCAAGCAGCUCCCCAGCCCUCAGAGUCUGAAGGGAAAAAUCCUAGUGAAGGGCAAGAAGCUGCCUUAUCACCUUGGGGAUGAUGCAGAGGAAGGGGAAGUUUCUGACGAAGACAGUGCGGAUGAGAUUGAAGACGAGUGCAAGUUCAAGCUCCAGUGUAACAACGGGACCACAGAGCACCAGGUAGAAUCUUUCAUAAGGAAAAAACUGGAGUCACUGUUGAAGGAAUCCCAAAUACGUGACAAAGAAGACCCCGACAGCUUCACGGUGCGGGCGUUACUGAGGGCCACCCACGAGGGCUUACACGUGCACCUGAAGCAGAAUCCAGAUGUGAAGGAGAGCGGGAAGAAGUCGCACGGGCGAUCCCUCAUGACCAACUUCGGGAAGCACAAGAAAACCACAAAGUCACGGUCUAAAUCCUACAGCACUGACGAUGAGGAGGACGCCCAGCAGAACCCUGGCCAGCUAUACAGGUUGGGCCGCAGGAGGAAGACCAUGAAGCUGUGCCGGGAGCUCUCGGAUCUGGUGGUGUACACAAACUCCGUGGCCGCCCAGGACAUAGUGGACGACGGGACCAUGGGAAAUGUGUUAUCCUUCAGUGAAACGAGAGCGCACCAGGUGGUCCAGCAGAAGUCAGAGCAGUUCAUGAUCUACAACCAGAAGCAGCUCACGAGGAUCUACCCCUCGGCCUACCGCAUCGACUCCAGCAACUUCAACCCCCUGCCCUACUGGAAUGCGGGCUGCCAGCUCGUGGCACUCAACUACCAGUCCGAAGGACGAAUGAUGCAGUUGAAUCGCGCCAAGUUCAAGGCCAACGGCAACUGUGGCUACGUCCUCAAGCCCCAGCAAAUGUGCAAAGGUACUUUCAACCCUUUCUCUGGGGAUCCACUUCCUGCCAACCCCAAAAAGCAGCUCAUCCUGAAAGUGAUCAGUGGACAGCAACUGCCCAAGCCUCCAGACUCCAUGCUCGGAGACCGCGGCGAGAUCAUUGACCCGUUUGUUGAGGUUGAGAUUAUCGGACUGCCAGUAGACUGCUGUAAAGAUCAGACUCGCGUGGUGGAUGACAAUGGAUUUAACCCCGUGUGGGAAGAAACCCUGACAUUUACAGUGCACAUGCCGGAAAUAGCUUUGGUCCGGUUCCUGGUGUGGGAUCACGAUCCCAUUGGGCGAGACUUCGUCGGACAAAGGACUGUGACCUUUAGCAGCUUAGUGCCUGGCUACCGGCAUGUCUAUUUGGAAGGACUCACAGAAGCUUCCAUAUUUGUCCACAUAACAAUCAAUGAAAUCUAUGGAAAGUGGAGCCCUUUAAUCCUCAACCCCAGUUACACUAUAUUGCACUUUCUAGGAGCCACCAAGAACAGGCAGCUGCAGGGCCUGAAGGGGCUGUUCAACAAGAAUCCCAGGCACAGCUCCUCAGAGAGCAGCUCCCAUUACGUUCGGAAGCGAUCGAUUGGAGACAGGAUCCUGCGCCGCACGGCCAGCGCUCCAGCCAAAGGCAGGAAGAAGAGCAAAAUGGGCUUCCAGGAAAUGGUGGAGAUCAAGGACUCGGUGUCGGAGGCCACAAGAGAGCAGGACGGCGUCCUGAGGAGGACCACACGGAGCUUGCAAGCCCGCCCUGUCUCUAUGCCCGUGGACAGAAGUCUUCUGGGGGCUUUGUCACUGUCUGCACCUGAAACAGCAAAAGACACAGAAGGAAAAGAAAACUCUCUGGCAGAGGAUGAGGAUGGCAGAAGAAAGGGGAAGGCAAGUAUAAAAGACCCACACUUUCCAAAUUUCAACAAAAAGUUGUCCUCCUCCUCCAGUGCUCUCCUCCACAAAGACACCAGCCAAGGGGCCGCCACUCUUCCUACUGCCCACGUGUCUAUCACAGGAGAGCAGCUAGGAGCGCCGGGUGGGAGAAGCAAACCCAGUGUGACAAGUGAUGUCCAGGAGAGCCGCUGUCCCAGCAAGUCCCUCUCCCCCAGGCAGCAUUUGGCUCCUGAGCCCGCCGUUCACUCAUCGCAAGCCGAGUGUGGAGAUGUGCACGGCGGGAAAACCAGGGCCAGGGCGAGCGCCGCGGGCCUGGGGCAGGGACGAGGCCGGCUGCAGGGGGGCACCCUUUCACAAAGCGCCCUGGAGAUCAAGAGCCUGGAAGGCAGCCAGGCUGCGGGCAGAGCCGCCACCUCCUUUUCCCUGUCCGACGUCUCCGUGCUCUGUUCUGACGUCCCUGAGGUACACUCGACUCCCGUUCUGCAGGAGAGUGACAUUUCCCAUCUUAUUGACAACGUCACCUUCACAGACGAGAACGAGCCGGGCAGUUCCAUCUCGGCCCUGAUCGGCCAGUUGGAUGAGACUGGUGAUCAGGCUAACUUCACAGCAGUGUCCCAUCUCCACGGCACCGGUGUGACGUCGGGUCGAACUGCUGCAGCUCCCUGGGGCCCCCACACGCCCUCCCAGCCUGGGUUUUCCAGGGGAAAGCCCAGGUCCUCCUUCCUGUGCUCAACCCCGGAGCUGAUGGCCUUCCCGGGUUCUGAGAACACCAGGCGGGCAACAGUUGCUUGCGAGGUGGGUGGAGCUCCAGUCUCUAAAACGGAGCCAGAGGACGACCUUGCUGGUACAACCAAGACCAGGGCCGUGGAGAGCAAGCUGCUUGGGUCCCCCGAUGCUCCUCAGGGCUGGUUACCAAAAAGUCCCACCACCAGAGAAGACUGGGGGCCCCUGAAGAGCUUCAGCCCUGUCCUCUCCCCUGAUCUGACACUGGGAGAUGGAGUCGGCGAGCCCACUCUCUGCGUCAAUUCUGGGGAGAGCAGCCUUGUGGAAGUCGAUGGGGAGUCAGAAGACCUGCCUCUAACAACCUACGAAUGGAGGAGAGAGGAAACAGGCCAACUCGCCUCUCCGCUAGAACUGAAGUACAGUCAGGACGUGGUGGAACACUUGCAGCGAGGGCUGAGAAAUGGCUACUGCAAAGGGACUCUCCACCCUUCCGUCCCUGAAAUAGUCAACCACAUUCAAGGGGUCAAAAAUGGAAAUCUUUCUUGUCUAACCUACCAGGGUGCUGGCUUUGUUCAUAACUGUUUCUCAAAUCCAGAUGCAAAAAUGAACCCUGUCUGUGUGUCCCAGCUGUCUCGUGUUCAAGACUCGCAUGCCCCCGCAGCCCAGCAGCCAGCCAAGCAUCCUCCUUUGCCUGCUUCAAAACUGCCAAGUCCUUGCAAAUCCAAAAGUCUGGGGGAUUUAACAUCGGAGGACAUUGCUUGCAAUUUCGAGAGCAAGUAUCAGUGUAUUAGCAAGAGCUUCAUUACAACUGGCCUUAGAGAUAAGAAGGACGUGGCCUUGGAGACAGAGUCCCUGGGGCCCUCGGACGCACUCACGGAGCAGCUCCGGAAACUGGUAUCCUUCGAGCAAGAGGACAGCCGCCAGGUGCUGUACUCAAAGCAGGAUGCCGGCCCCUUUCCCAGGGCCUUGGUCAGAAAGCUGUCAUCCAGGAGCCAGAGCAGAGUGCGCAACAUCGCCAGCCGUGCCAAGGAGAAGCAGGAAGCCAGCAGGCAGAGAGUGGCCAGCCCCAGCGGCCAGCCAGGGGCAGGGGUGCUGCUCCGGAGCAGGCCUGCGGCCCCCGCCCCAGCAGGGAACCGCCACUCCACCGGCUCCUACAUCGCAGGCUAUCUGCGCAGCGCCCGAGGGGGCCACCUGGAGGGCCGCGGCAUCCCCGAGGGGGCCUGCUCCGCCCUGCGCCCUGGCUACGGGGACCCGUUUUGUUCGGAUAGUUCUGUUUUGCAGACUGAGCCGAGCAGUGACGAUAAACCAGAGAUCUACUUUCUUUUGAGACUGUGACUAGCGCACAGCUGCAUCUUCCACGUUCACCUGCGUCUGCGGAACCGCAGCGCCUCGCCCGUGUGGUCCUUGGCUUUGAAACGGUUUCCCGGUGCGUUUUUAAGCUUGUAUUUUGGUGUCCACGUGACUCCCUGUGUCCCCUGCGUAUGGGUUUGUGCCUAGACUCCGUGAUGUCCCCGGGUACCUGGGCUUCCUGCCCUCCGUGUCGUGAACUGUGCCGCGCCAGGUGUGUGCAUGCCCUCGCGUGACCCUCUCAGCGCCCGGCGCCGUGCACUCGGGUUUCACAGAAUGCCCUUCCCGUGUCCUCAGAUUGUGUCACGGACGUCGUUGUUGAGUUGACUAGGACUGUGUGAACCACAGAGGGAGGAAUUCUUUGUUCGAAGCCAUUGUCACUUUUCUUUCUACCUUGAGAAGCCCAGAUGCAUUUUUAUGACUCAGUUGAAAGAAGUUUAGACGAGUUCCCUCGCCUUUUAAGACUUCCUCACCCCACCCCGAAGGAGAGUUCAGAGAGCGCCUGGCUGCUCCCAAGCCCCUCCCCGCUUAGAACAUGCUGGAAGACAGCAGACUUCUGUAUAUAAAAACAAAGUGGUUUGUUCUACAUGAAAUUUGUUACAUAUUUUUGCUAACAGCUCUGUAUGUAACAAGAACCCCGUUGCCAAGCUCUUUGUCGUACUUUUCAAUUUUCUGGUAAGUUAAAGAUUGCAAAUAAUGGCUUCCAGAAUGCGGGUCUUCAUCAGAUUGAAAAUGAUGGUAGCACACAUUGAAAACUUCCCCAAAGCUUUCAAGAAAAAAAAUUCUCAUAAUAAAAUCUGAGUGAAUAGAUUAUUAGGAAAAAGAACCUUUUCCCUUCAGGAAACCAAGUAACUGUAUUUUAGUACUGACAUACAUUAUUUUCACUGUGAAUCCAUUUUUUAAAUUGCAUGUUUGAAUGUCCCUCUUUGCUUUUUUGUAACAUGACUGCAAAGAUGUUCUUCCUGGAGUUCAUGAAAAUAUAAUUAAAAAUUAGCAGA